AUGGAGAUAGAGAUGACACAAGAAGAAUCUUCAUAUGAGUUGGAUGUUGGUAAUCUAAUGGCUUCAUACCCACAUCACAACUUUGUAUCUCCACCUUCUUCCAGGGUUCGUCAAUCUCACAAGAAGCCUACGUGGAUCCUUCCUGAAAACUAUAACAAGCUACUUCAUUACUGGGCAACUAAUGAAAGAUUCUUACAACUGAGUGACAUUGGGAAGAAGGCUAGAAAUUCGACGAAGGGUGGCUCCCUACACACUAGUGGGGCUAUGAGUCAAGAGGCCGUGAGGAGGAAGUUGGAACUAAAACGGGGGAUGCCAGUGCCUCAAGAUGAGGCGUUCAAGAUCACUCACGUGAAGAAGAAGGCAAACGCUAAUGAUCCAAAUCGCUGGUGUGAGGAACGGGCUAAGUAGACCUAC